UGCUCUCCCCCCCGCCCCAGAUUCCUCUGAAGGUCGCCGCUACCCCUUCUCCAGGCCUUCUCCAGGCCAAGCACGGUGCGGCCUCUUACCCCCUGACCCCGCGUUGCACAGUGCCGGAGUAGUGCCUCCCUGGGUGUGAACCCUUGCGUCCCUGCCCCUGGGCGGGGACGGGCAGCGACCGUGCGGGGAGCGGAGGCGGCGAGUGCGUAGCUGGCUCAGUUCGCUAGCCGCAGCGCCGCGAGUUCCCCGGCGAGCCGCCGCCGCACAUCGCAGCGCCGCUUGGCUCCGCCGCCAGGCCCAUCCCGCAGCUCCGCUCACAGGCAGCAGCCGCCGUCGCCGCCAUGGCGGAAGUUCAUAGACGUCAGCAUGCUCGGGUUAAAGGAGAAGCCCCCGCGAAAGCCUCCACACACAGACAUGAGGAGGAGCUGGGGAUGGCGUCGGCCGAAACGCUGACCGUGUUCCUUAAACUGCUGGCCGCCGGAUUUUACGGCGUGAGCUCCUUCCUGAUCGUGGUUGUGAACAAGAGCGUCCUUACCAAUUACAGAUUUCCCUCCUCACUAUGUGUUGGUCUUGGCCAGAUGGUGGCCACAGUGGCAGUUCUCUGGGUGGGAAAGGCGCUCAGAAUAGUCAAGUUUCCUGACCUUGACAGGAAUGUACCUCGAAAGACGUUUCCACUACCUCUACUAUAUUUUGGGAACCAAAUCACGGGACUGUUCAGCACAAAGAAACUGAACUUGCCAAUGUUUACAGUUCUGAGAAGGUUCUCCAUCCUGUUUACAAUGUUUGCUGAAGGAGUUUUACUCAAGAAGACUUUUUCUUGGGGCAUUAAGAUGACUGUAUUUGCAAUGAUUAUUGGAGCUUUUGUAGCUGCCAGCUCCGACUUGGCAUUUGAUCUGGAAGGAUAUGUUUUUAUUCUGAUAAAUGAUGUCCUGACAGCAGCAAAUGGUGCAUAUGUAAAACAAAAAUUAGAUUCAAAAGAGCUGGGAAAAUAUGGUCUACUUUAUUAUAAUGCACUGUUCAUGAUUCUGCCCACCCUGGCCAUUGCCUAUUUCACAGGAGAUGCACAAAAGGCAAUGGAUUUUGAAGGCUGGGCUGAUACCCUCUUUCUUCUGCAGUUCGCCCUGUCCUGUGUGAUGGGGUUUAUCUUGAUGUAUGCCACAGUACUCUGCACUCAGUAUAAUUCUGCUCUCACAACUACAAUAGUUGGCUGUAUUAAGAAUAUAUUAAUAACUUACAUUGGAAUGGUUUUUGGUGGAGAUUAUAUUUUCACAUGGACAAACUUCAUUGGCUUAAAUAUCAGCAUUGCUGGGAGCCUGGUGUAUUCCUACAUCACUUUCUCUGAAGAGCAGCUGAGUAAACAGUCAGAGGCCAGUAACAAGCUGGACAUUAAGGGAAAAGGAGCCGUAUGACCAGAGGAUGGCUUAAACUUAAGCAGGCCCAAGUUUUUGAUCACCUCGGAACUCUGGCAGUUUUUUUGUAGAUACUGAGGUGUCUUGAUUAUGGAAGAAAUACCAUUCCUUUGCACUUACACAAUCUGAGGAUUGAUUGCUGCCUUUUAAAAUUUUAUCAUGAGAGAAACUUAUAAUUGACUCUAUUUUAAAUAUGCUGUUUGAAUUAAUUUAUAUCAGACUGGAAAAUGUACCUGGCUUUUUAAUUUAUUUUUCUUCUAUGGUGAUAGUGAAACAUCAGUGUUUUGAAAAUAUUUUAUUCCAUAGUUUGAUAUCCAGGUGUCCCUGAAAGCUGCAUAUAUAAGGUGCUCCAAUAGGAGACUCAUUUUUUAAAUUGUUGCUGCAAGUGUCUGGAAGCAGUUUAGCCUUCAUUCUGCUGAAAAUGCAGCUGAAUGUCUGAUUUCUCUCCUUUGAAUUUUCUUUCUUAUAAUUGCAUUUUCUUCAUAUUGCAUGUCAUUACUGCAUUUGCAAAAGAUGACAACUUUGAUGCUAAGAAAAAUAUCCGUGGAGCUUGGAUGCAUAUUGGUUUCCAUGUUGACUUCCCUGAGAACUUAGGGGAUGAACCGAGUGCAUUCCUUGAAGAUAUGUUGUUCCCUUUUUGUUGUAGAGGGUGGAGCUAGUGAAGGGAUGGAAGAAGUAGGCCUUUUAUUCAUUUAUUUAUCCACCUGCUUUAUUCAUUCAGCUCAAAUGUAUUGAGUAGUAUGUGGCAGGCAUUGUGCUAAGUGAUGGAGAUACAGAGAUGUUUAUGGAAGUAGUUGAAAGCCCUUUCUCCUGCCAUGACUGAGAGUAAGAGGGAGAACUUAGCUCUGUGAAUCAAUUCAGAAGACAUUGUGACUCUGAGCAAGUUGUUUCAGCUCUCAGAAACUGUCAAUCUGUAAAUGAGGUUAGAAGCACCUGCUCUGCCUACCCCACACCAGUGUGAGUACAAAUGCUACAAUGUGAGAUCCAAUGAAUUGAGAAGGGCAUUUUGUAAACCAGUGCAGCUCAUUAUUGGCAGGCAUGCAAGGUGACCUCCUUCUGUAUCCCCAUGUUUCUCUCCUCUGGGUUUGGUGCUACUCUUUGAUCCUCUUUGGAUCAAUAUGACUAGGUCCCUCCCACAUUUCUGAAUUUAUUGGUUUGAGGGGAAAGACUGGUUAGACGUUUCUAAUUAGUAAGGCUUGGUCUUUUUUUGGCAGUGUGUUGGAACCAUCGUCUUCUUGUCUCCUCAUGUGGCAUGAGCAUACCCCCUCCUUUGGACUGUCUCACUUUGUCCCUCCCACCUGUAUCACAUGCUCCUUGGCUUGCUUAUGAGCAUGCCAACUUCUCUCAAGACCAGUGCUGCAUCCCAGGAGAGUGGCUGUGAAUUGGCAUUGCCUGGAUUGCUUCUUGUGGGUGUGUUAACUCAGACACAAUCCUGUAACUCAUCCUAGCGACAUCCAUUGACUCUGCAGAUAUGUGUGUUUUCUCAGACUAGGUGCAGUCAGUGUACAAGAGACUGGGUAUCUUUGAAUUGGUGUACACACUAGCUUCUGUUGAGUUUGGAAUCCACUGGGCUUUCUUGAUCUAAACACUUGGUGUUUUGUUGUCUCAGUAAGGGACCUGGAGGAGGAUUUUGAUUAUUUUUUAUUUGAUACAGAAUUAUAUUGAGGUCAUUUUCAUAUUCAUGUCUCUCCCUUAUUUUGGUUUGUCUUUAUUAAAGCCUGGCCAGUAGUGCUGUGAACCCAGAAUUAGCACUGUGGUCAGCUCCCAUUAGAACAAACUCCAUGUAAGAGGUCCUAGGUUCAUUUUUUUUUCCAACAUCAUCUGGGCUGAGAAAGUUCUUGUGUCAGAUGAGUGUUACUGUCUUUAUUUUACCAAUGAGAAGACAAGACUCAGAGAAAGUAGGUGACUUGCUAUUAAGUCAGAAUCCUUGUUUUUUUCACUGAAUCCUGCUGCCAUUUGAGACAAUCAUGUAUAGUUAUAGCUUCACUAAAUGCACAUGACAGGCUUCUAUACCUCAGGGCCCCCGGCCUAUGCAGAACCUUCUGGCUGACCAGAAGCAGUACAACAACUUACAGCUUUUGCCCUGUCUGUAUCUUGAUUCUGGAAGUCACCUACAACUGUCACCAAAAUGUCAACAUGGGAGAGAGCAGUCUGGAGAAAUUGGGAAUUGAUUGGAGUGACCAGCCAUUUUUGGAAUACGUGUUUUAGAUUAUGUGCAGACCUGGUAUAGUGCACUAGAGGUUAUACCUGGUUCCCUAGCACCUCCCAGAAUCUCUGGAUUUUGCCCCAAUGUUGAAAUCUUACAAAGCCAAAAUUCUUUGACCUACUAUCUCCUGGGUGAAAAAGUAGUAGUCUAGAGUUAAAUCCUUAAUUUGCUCAUUAAGACAGAUGAGCUAGGAGAAUUCUUAAGGCCAAAUUCCUUGAGUAUGGCUUCUCUUCAUGGAGUUAAUGAAAGUGAAGAUCCUCUACUUUGGGCCAUGAAAUGGCCAGUCUGCUUUUACUUAGUGUCAGGUCAAUUUGAAUAAUCUUGGUUUGCCAGACUACACAUUGCCAACAUGUCAGGUGAUUUUUCAUUGUCUCAUGUCACUGCUGCCUUCUUUAGGAGUCAGUACGAUCCAACUUGCAUGUAGAUAAAAAAAACAAAAGUGUAAUGCAAGUUCCUUGUUGUCCUAUUGUAUCAAGAAUCCAUGGAAAGCUUGGGUCAAUAAAACUGAUGCAGGGUCUUCACAGAAAGCAUAGUAGAGCUUUUAGAUUUUGUUGGUUUGGAAUAGUACCUAUGGCCUCAGUUAUUGAGCAAAGAUUUACUGAGCAUCUGGUAUAUGCCAGGCUCUGUGCUAAGCUCUGGGGAGCCUGAAGUAAACAUGGCAUGGUGCUUGUCCUCAAAGAGUAUAUGAUUAUGUAGCCAGAGGUGGUAACUUGGACCCUAGGUGAGAAAAAGAAAGCAGAUGAAAACUGCUAAAGGGUUUUUUUUUUUUUUUUUUUAAUGUGAGAUGACUUAUGUGACUCAUUAUGCUAGUCUUCUAGCUCUGAGGUAAGUGACAGGGCUCUUAGAAUUCUGUGAACAGCCUGGGUCCCUCCUGCCUAUACUACCCAUAAUUAUGUAAUAUUGGUUCCUCUUUAUGGAUAAGUCUGUAAUUGAUUUCAGUGUUCAGAAGCAAUGAGAUAAUGGAUAUAAAAUUACUCAGUACAAUGCCUAGUACAUAGUAGACACUCAGCUAAUGUAAUUACUGUUAUAAUUUCAUGAUGGGACUACAGGCAAAAAAAGAUUCUUUAUUUGUGUUCCUUAAAUGCUAGAGGCCUGAGAAAUGUGCAUGCUUAUUGAAAAUCGUGACCAGGCAUUUCAUUUAUUCUUCAAUGCUUAGAUAAUGGUUUCUGUUUGCUCUCUUUUUUAAAAAAAAGUGUACUGAAUAUUAUUGCGGACACUGUGUGAUGCACAUGGUUCCAUUUAUUUUUAAAGAGGAACAAAGUUACUUUCAUAUUGUAAUGGUAAAUUUCAUGAAAGGAAAAUUAUUUUCUCUAUUAGAGGAAAGUAAUUACAUUUCAAAAUGGUAAUUCAGUUAAGACUUUCCCAGUUUGUCACUGUAAGAUAGCUCCUGUAUAGGCCAGGCAUUCCUUCUUCCCUUCUCUGAAUUAAAUGCACUUGACUACACAGUGCUUCUGCUUUGAGGCUUAUCUUGGUUGUCAGUAUAUGAAUCUCUUGUGCCAUCCUUGUUUUCUGAACCCAUCCUCUGAGUUCUUACAGUUAGGAUGCUGCUUCACAAUAGUACGAGUUGAUAUUCUGCAGGGUUUUUUUUUAAGCUUUGUUUCUUAAAUACUUUUUAAAAAGAAAUCCACUGGUUAGAUUUAUUUAACAAAAACAUUUUUGGAGAUUAUUUUGUUCAUAAAUGUUCUUUCUCAUGCUGAUGAUCAACUGAUUUUGUCUACAAAUAUUGGCUUCUCGCAAUAACUUUUCGACAGUCUAUUUACCAAAUGACUGGUUUAGUGUUUUUAAAAGGUACUGAGGAUUGAGAUAGAUAAAUCAGGUGACAUAAAAAUGAAAAUUAUGUGCCUACGUAUUUUUAUAGAGAUGUUAAAUAAAGACUUUUUUUGAGAA